AUGGCGCCGCGCCCAUUCUGUUGGUGUACCUGCGGCAACUGGACCUACAAUUUCCGCCUGCUGCACAACGGCGGAUUCUGUGGCAAGUGCGGGGAGCAGGUCACACUCUUCAAGCCUGACGCUGCAGCAGCGAAAGGCAACGGCAAAGGUAAGAAAGGCAUCCACAGCUACAAGGGCGGCAAGGGCGAGGACAAGUCGGCGUGGUACUACGGCAGCGGCAAAGGCACGCACCCGUGGUCCAAGGAGCCCGACAUCUCGCAGAUGCUCAACAUCCUCUCGAACGUCCCCGCCCUCGCAGAGCACGCCGACGUGUUCCGCCAGGCUGACACCUCUUUCAAGGCGAGCAAGGCAAAGCCAGUAUCGCCCAACCAGGAGGUGUACCGCUGCAGCCAGACCCCGGAGAAGAAGGAGGUGGCGCUUCAGAAGGCCUCGGCAGACGUCAUCAAGCUGGAGACGGCUCUCCAGGAGGCCAAGCUGUGGCUCCACCAGACGGCGGAGGAGGCCCUCGCAGACUCCACGGGCGCCGCCAAGACGCAGGACGGCUACACUGCGGAUGGCAAGAAUAUAUACCUCGCGAUGGAUGAGUUCGACUUCGCAACCAGCGAUGAGUUCGAUGGCGCUCAGAAGGCCCAGCUCAAGGCCAUCCAGAAGCAGGUGGAGGAGCACUGCAAGAAGGUGGAGGACCUCCAGAAGACGAUGCAGGAGGCGCUCAAGAGCGUCAAGGAGAUCCGCGCAGCCCCAGCGAAACGGCAGCGUGGUCAGGACGGUCCCGUCCCUGGUCCUGGCGCAGCCGAAGCUGAAGGCCCUGACGAAGACCAGGCACCUGCUGCGGAGGACGGCCCCGCCAUCGCCGUCUCAGAGAGCGACAUCGCCGCCAAGAUCGCGAGCGCCAGGGAGGCCACGCUGGCCAACAUGGGCGACUUCCCUCCCCUGGGCACUGGCAAUGAUGGCCUGUCGUGUACUCGUGCCCCCGUUCCAGAGAACUACGAUGCGACGUACUUCUUCUCGAACAUCUCGGAGUGGGGCCCGCAGGCGGAGGGAUUCAUGAAAGCUCAGGCGGAGCAGUACGAUGCGAUAGGCUUCGCGGAGAUGCACCUGCGAGGCGUGAAGGUCCUGGACUUCACAGAGAAGAUCAGCAAAGACGGCUGGAAGGCCGCCGUCACCGCCGCAGUGCCGUCGGGCAGAGCUGCUGAAGGCACGACGGGCGGCGAAGCGAUCAUAUCCAAGCGUUCACUGGCCACCGCGACGUUCGAGGGGUGGCGCAAGCGCGAGAUCGAGCGGUCCGCAGCCGACCCCUUCCAAGGAUUUUGCCCCACGACGUGGCACACGAAGGCUGGCAACAUUGUCGUUAUCUCCGCGUGCGUGCAGCCGAAGCACGGCAUGAAGGGCCCCAACGAGAAGAUGAUGAUCAGGUUAGCCAGCUUCAUCAAAGUGAUAUCCGACCCGUGGGUUGUCCUCGCCGACUGGAACAACCCACCAGAGGCAUGGGGGGGAACCAAGUGGCUGCGCAAGAUUGGCGGCCAGCUCAUCCUCCCAGAGAACACGAAGACAACCUGCAACUUGGGGCGCGGGUCCCUCAUUGACUACGGGAUCUGCAAGAGCGGGUUCGGCGGCUCCCUCAAGCUCGAAGCCGUCCCCGAGGUCCCGUGGAAGACCCACGUGGGCUUACUGCUUUCCAUGCGUGCGGGGAAGCAGCACUGGUGGCAUAGAGCUAUGUGGAUGCCCAAGCAGCUCCCGUCGGCGGGGCGACCAGCCAAGAAAGCGGACCCGAACAGUAAGCGCCAGAAGUUGCUAGCCGAGCGGCACCAGCGGGCGCAGGCCAGACUCCAGGAGGAGCUACAGGACGCCUACGAAGAGCUCCACAACUGGCCGACCACGGAGGACAUAGACAGCAACGACUCGGUCACCUUCGACAUACCGAUUGAGGCGUGGCACGCGGCAGCCGCCACGGUGGCAGGCUUGGGAGAGGACAAGGGCAAACAUGUGAGGAAGGAGUCGAACGCCGACCAGGCGCAGAAGAAGGUCGCGAAAGCGUUCGGCGACUGGGUGCAGGCAGUAGAGAAGGCCACGCUCAAGCACCGCAACAUUCCCGAGUCCGAGUGGAAAAAGUAG